CCAUUCCUCUCUCUCAGAGGCUUUUCGGGCAAAAGUCUCUCCGCGAGUCCAAGCAAGUCUCCCAAAACCCUCAUUUCUCUCGGUUUCCGCUCGCUACCAUUUCGUCGAUUGAUGGCGAAAGGAGCUUCGGAAUUCUUGUUUCUCGGACAUGCAGGAGAUUAUCAAUCGAGCUGCACAUUCUGAGAAUCAUCAUAACCUUCCAGUUUUGGUAGGAGGUACACUAACAAACUGUAUUUAUAAAGUUUCUUUCUGUGAGGGGUGCCAAAAUUGCAGUUACUUCUUCGCGGGAGAACAAACACUUGAGGAAUUUUACACUGAGAAAGCAAACUAAUCAGAGAACCUUGCAGUGUUGUUAGCACGCCAAAGUUGUGAAGAUCCCUGAGCAGGAUUUUUUUUUAUUUUUUUUCUUUUCUUUGAGACGAAGAGAACCCUUUAUAUUUGAUAAUGGAGCCAUUAUGGAAGCUCACGUAUUUGCUCGAACCUGCUUCCAUGGUGCUCAUCCUUACUGCUGUUGUCGUGACCUUCUCAUCUGCAUUACGAGCAUUGAAUUACGGUAAAGAAAUGGAGCGGAACCGUGAUUUCUCAGAAGCUUCCAUCACAUUAGAUCGGUCCCAAGCACUCAUGAUCCCAGUGGCUAGCUCUUGCAGCCUUCUCCUGAUGUUUUAUCUGUUCUCAUCAGUGUCCCAACUUGUCACCGCAUUUACAGCCAUUGCAUCAGCCUCCUCGCUCUUCUUCUGUCUCUCACCUUAUGUCCAUUAUGUCAAGUCACAGUUUGGGUUGGUAGACCCUUAUGUUUCACGAUGUUGUUCGAAAUCAUUCACCCGAACACAAGGUAUUUUGCUUCUGGUGAGUGCGGGAAUUGUCUCCGCCUGGCUCAUUUCGGGGCAUUGGGUGUUGAACAAUCUGUUGGGCAUUUCAAUUUGUAUUGCGUUCGUCAGCCAUGUACGACUUCCAAACAUCAAGAUCUGUUCGUUGCUUCUGGUUUGCUUGUUUGUAUAUGAUAUUUUCUGGGUCUUCUUCUCGGAGAGGUUCUUUGGAGCGAAUGUUAUGGUGUCGGUCGCAACACAGCAGGCAUCUAAUCCAGUUCACACAGUAGCAAAUAGUUUGAGUCUUCCAGGAUUGCAGUUGAUAACAAAGAAGCUGGAAUUGCCCGUGAAACUAGUUUUCCCAAGGAAUCUGAUGGGUGGGAUGGUUCCAGGAAGCAAUGCUGUGGAGUUCAUGAUGCUUGGUCUUGGUGACAUGGCUAUUCCUGGUAUGCUUCUAGCUUUGGUGCUUUGUUUUGAUCAUCGCAAAACUCGGGAUUCAGGAAGCCCCGUAGACACAUCUUCCUCCAAAGGGCACAAAUACAUGUGGUAUGCAGUUUCCGGAUAUGCCAUUGGCCUGGUUACUGCUUUAGCUGCAGGGAUCUUGACUCACUCUCCUCAACCUGCUCUUCUUUAUCUGGUACCGUCAACUCUGGGGCCAGUUGUCUUCAUUGCAUGGACUAGAAAGGAGCUCAUGGAGCUAUGGGAAGGAUCCGGCUCAAGUGACAAGGGUCAUGUGAUGGAGGAGGCUUGAGCGGCUACAUACGUGAUACGCCACACCCCUCGGAUGUAUGUUCCACCAACCAAAAGCUGUCCUGUAAAUCCAUGUUGAAAAAUGCAGACUAAUUAAUAAUAUAUAAUAUCUAAAGAAGUUUCUAAA